ACCCGCAGAUGAAUUUGAGUCUUACAAGUUUAAUGUCAAACAUACUCAACAAGUUUCUCCCUUUAAGUUUUACUUUUUCUUCCUUUCUCAAAACUCAUCAUUCACCUUUCAAAAACUCACCCACAUGUGACUUUAAACUCUAAAGCUCGAAACUUUAAAUGUCAACUUAAAAACUUUUCUCCCUUAAACCAAAACUCCUCUGAAAUUCUCCCCAAGAACUAUUCAUUCUUCUAUUUUUUUCUCUAAAGUUAAUUUUUUUUAUUCUUUGAUUAAUCGCGGCCGUUUGAUCGAAAAUGGGUCACUGUUACAGCAAGAAAAUGAUAUCAAUGGAGGUCAACGACGUCGCCGGUGAAAACCCAACUCCGGUAAGUGUUCAAGCGACACCCUUUCAAAGCCCAUUUCCCGCCGGAAUAAACCCAUCUCCGGCUAGAACCCCAGGAAGAAGGUUAAUGAAAUGGCCCUUUCCGCCGCCGUCUCCGGCAAAGCCAAUAAUGGCGGCGUUGAGAAGAAGGCGGAAGGAAAGUGGUGGUGUGGUUGGAACACCCGAAAGAGUGGUGGAAGAACAGCAAGAUGGGAGGAGAGAGAGAGAAGUAGAGAGAGAAAGAGAAAGAGGUUUAGACAAGAAUUUUGGGUAUUUGAAGAAUUUUGGUGCAAAAUAUGAGUUAGGGAAAGAAGUGGGUAGAGGCCAUUUUGGCCAUACUUGUAUGGCUAAAGGUAAAAAAGGGGAUGUUAAAGGUGUUAAUGUUGCUGUCAAGAUUAUUUCUAAAGCUAAGAUGACAUCAGCAAUUGCAAUUGAAGAUGUCCGCAGGGAGGUGAAAAUGUUAAAAGCUUUGUCUGGAAACGAGCAUAUGCUCAAAUUUUAUGAUGCAUUUGAGGAUUCUAACAAUGUCUACUUAGUCAUGGAAUUGUGUGAGGGUGGUGAAUUAUUAGAUAGAAUUUUACAAAGAGGUGGGAGGUAUGAAGAGGACGAUGCCAAGGGGAUACUGGUGCAAAUUUUAACAGCCGUCGCAUUUUGCCAUCUUCAGGGUGUUGUGCACCGUGAUCUUAAACCGGAGAACUUUCUUUUCGCUACAAAGGAUGAAGAUGCUCGCCUAAAGAUUAUAGAUUUCGGUCUUUCCGAUUAUGUCAGGCCAGAUAAUAGGCUCAACGAUGUAGUAGGGAGUGCCUAUUAUGUUGCACCUGAAGUGUUGCAUAGGUCAUAUAAUGUUGAAGCCGAUAUGUGGAGUAUUGGGGUCAUAACAUACAUCUUGCUAUGUGGAAGCCGGCCUUUUUGGGCACGAACUGAAUCAGGAAUAUUCCGUUCUGUAUUAAGGGCUGAUCCAAAUUUUGACGAUACACCUUGGCCCAACAUAUCAGCGGAAGGUAGAGACUUCGUUAAAAGACUACUCAAUAAGGACCAUAGGAAAAGGAUGACUGCAGCACAAGCUCUAGCUCAUCCUUGGUUAAGAGAUGAAAACAGACCCCUUCCGUUGGAUAUAUUCCCUUUCAGAGUAGUAAAGUCAUAUAUUCGUUCCACGCCUCUUAAACGUGCAACACUCAAGGCGCUUUCAAAAGUUCUACCCGAUAAUGAGCUCUUUUACCUCGAAGCACAGUUUAGGCUGCUAAAGCCAAAAGAUGGUUAUAUUUCUUUUGAAAAUUUUAAAACGGCUCUCAUGAGAAAUGCAACCGAUGCUAUGAGAGACGCUAGAGUUACCGAAAUUUUUGCUAUGAUGGAACCAUUUGCUUCCAUGAAGAUGGAUUUCGAAGAGUUCUGUGUUGCGGCAAUCAGUGUAUAUCAGCUCGAGGCUCUUCAAGAUUGGGAUAAAAUCGCUAGCGCCGCGUUUCAGUAUUUCGAGCAGGAAGGUAAUCGACGAAUCUCAGUCGAGGAAUUAGCAAGGGAAAUGAAUUUAGGCCCGACAGCUUACACUUUAGUCAAGGAUUGGAUUCGGCCCUCCGAUGGACACAUCAAUUUCAUUGGUUACACCAAGUUCUUGCACGGUGUUACAAUACGAAGCUCCAAUAUGAGACGCCAAUAGCUUUUUAAGCAGGAAACCUUUGCAAAUUACGGAAUUCUUUUAACUUUAAAAGAGGUUUGAUCGCUUCCUGAUAUUGUAUUACGUGUGACAUGGAUUGACGGGGAGUAUUUGAUCGGAGUAACCACUGAUCACCCCAAAUUUUCUCCCCCCGAUGUUGUAAAUUUUCAAUGUGAGGGGAUGCAAAGCAUACAUAGUGAAAGUUGUCGGGUUUCGACUGUAACAUUAGUCUGUUCCAUAGAGGAGUUGCCUGUAAAUGAGCUGUUGCAGCAUAUAAUCUUAUGCUUGAAGGCUUUUGAGGAACUUGGAAAUCAGAACACAAAUUCUUGUGAGAGACGGUCUUACUGUGAGACGCUUUCUAUACAUGGGCCAAGUAGCCCAACUAAAAUCAUUCUUAUAUUGGCUUUUUGUUAUAAGGUUGUCUCACCGAGAGAUGGUUUCUUGUAAGAGUAGCUCAAUUAGAAAGACUCCUAGUGUUAGCUUUUGUAGUCACUUUAGAUGCCUGUUUGGCUGCUACACUGACCCGAAGUUGGACAUUAUAUCAUCUACUGACUAGUUUUGGACUGUACCAAGUUGGGCUUGGAUAUGGGCAUGGAUACGGGCCUGGAUAUGGGCCUUAUUGAAAACAGCAUGUUUGUCACCCAACCUUUAGAUGGUUUAAUCUUCUUUCUUUUUAUACAAGCGAUGCGAUAUUGACGACUUUGAAGUAUUCUCAAAUUAAAACCAUUUUAUACAAAUUUGUAGCCAUUGUUUUUAUGCAAUAUUUGUAUAUACUUUUGAUUAAUUAGGAAUGAUAUCAAUUUAAGAGUGUUUGUCCAUAAUAAUACGUAUGUUAUUUGGAAUAAAAAAAGGUAUAUUAAAGGUAAAAUAAAAAUUCGUAUUAUUCUAGAAACUAAUUGAAAAAACUAUACAUUAAUCGUCUAUAAACUUAUAAUCUUGCAAAUAAAUAAUAAAAUGCAUUUUGCAAAAGUUAGCGUCAAGAUAAAACUUUUUUUCUUGGUUUGUUGAGAGUGCGACAGGAGUGACAUUCCUCAUUUUAUCCCAUUUUUUCUAUAAAGUAUCAAAUUAGUAUCUAUUUUCAUCCAAUAAAAGAUAAAUAAAUACGUGAAUGACAAGUCUUAUGUUAAACUAGCUUCACUCAUAUUAUAAGUGGCAACCCUAAAUAGAGGUCCACAAAUAUUUGUUUGAGAUGGUUGCAAUGUGUCAUCAUGAGCUUUUUAUUUUGAAGCAAUCUCAAAGAAUAACGAUAUAUUAGACCAGUAGUUCAUGGAGGUUAGAAAAUAGAAUCAUGUAUAUUCAAUGAAAUUAUAAUUGAAGUGUGGAGGUAAUUAAUGGAGCGUAUGACAUGUCCAAUGUUUUGUGAAGGGUGCAGGAGAAGCAAGUGCAAGACAAUUACGGAUAUCGUUUAUUGUCGUUUUAUUUUGUGGUAUUGAGAUUUGAUAAGAGGAAUUUUGCCCCAUUGGGUGCUUAAAGUCAAGCCAUGUUGACAUCUAUGAGGGGUAGUUAGAGAGUAGGUCCACUUGACUAGUAACUACCACUUCAAUUUUACUACUCGUUUCAUUUUAUUUGAGCACAAAGUUUAAGAAAGUGGAAGGGAUCACUAUUAAGUGGUGUUAUUUUGCUAAAUUAUUAGUAAAAAACAAAAAAAAGUAAAAGUGACUACUAUAAAGUAAGAGUAUUUAAGGGUAAUAU